AGCCUGAAGUGGCACUCACAACUUAGGAGCUAACUUCACUGAAGUACCUUCAGCCCUCUCUCUGACAUCAUGUCCUUCAACUGCUCCACAAGAAAUUGCUCUUCCAGGCCGAUCGGAGGACGGUACACUGUCCCCGUGGCCCCAGCUGCCACGUCUUCAACCCUUGAAGGCGACUGCCUGAGUAGCAUCUAUUUGCCCAGUUCCUUCCAAACUGGCUCUUGGCUCCUGGACCACUGUCAGGAGUCCAGCUGCGAGCCUACUGUCUGCCAGCCUACUUGUUUCCAGCGAACUUCUUGCAUCUCCAGCCCUGCGCAGGUAACUUGCUCGCGGCAAACUACCUGUGUCUCCAAUCCCUGCUCAACUGCCAGCAGCCGACCAUUCAGCUUUGUCUCAAGUGGCUGUCAGCCCGUGGGAGGCAUCUCCAGUGUCUGCCAGCCAGUGGGCAGCAUCUCGACUGUCUGCCAACCAGUGGGAGGAGUCUCUUCUGUCUGCCAACCAACCUGUGGGUACUCCCGGACGUACCAGCAGUCCUCCUGUGUGUCCAGCUGCCGAAGAACUUGCUAAGUGUGUAGGAUCCAGUGAGUCAAGACUCCGUGACCUGCCAGCUGUGCUUCCAGGAUUGUCCAGCAUGCUGCCUGAAAACUCUUCAUUGCUAAACACUAUACUGACUGCCUGAUUGCUGGCUGCUAGCCAUGCACAAGCCGCCUUUGGCAUGCUCAAAAUUUUCUAGCCAGCACCAAGCUUAUUUUAAGGGUUGGCCACUGGUGCUAUGUAGUCGCUGGAUGUUUCCAGAAGCUUUUUCAUUCAUGCCCCAGGCUCUGAUAAUUUUGUCAUGUUUUGACCUUGCUGCUGAAUCUCCUGACCUCUGCUUCUGUGUCUGUGAAAGAGGGAGCUUGUCUCACUAUGUAUUUCUCAAUAAACCUGCAUUAGUUGGCAUUGCAA